AUUCAGAUGAACUCGAGCCAUUUUUCCUCUCUUAAUUCUUUUUCCUCAGUAUAGAAAUUUCUCUUCUCCAUUCAACGACGUCUCCCUCUUGAUUUAUUUAUCUUGUAAAACGAAAAGUAGGAAAAGAAAAUCUGUUCCUCUCAAAUCUACGUCGGUUAUUAUAUUAUUCAGAAAAUGGUGAUGCAUAUAUAAGGUAGUUUUUGUCUGGUUGCUGCCUUUUUGUUCAAUCUGGAUCUGAGUGGUGUUUUGCCAGCCGGGGGGAAGAGGAAGAUAUCCGGAUUGAUCUCUGAGCAGAGUAGUAGACGGAAAUGGAUAACGGUGACAUUGAAGGAGGAGAUGACGAGCUGCGUCCGCAAACUGGGAGGAAAUACAGGCCGGUGGUGGCACAUGAUCGUGCUAUUGUCGAGAUGUCUUCUAUGGAUCCAGGAUCUCCCUCCACUUCUAUUCCUAUUCAUAAUAUCAAGAAAAUAAAGGUUAGCACGCAGGCAAAUAUGGGUCCUAAUGCCGGAGGAGGGUUUGUACCUGAUGGUGAAGGAGCAAACGGCCCUGACAGGGGCUCCAAAUUGGAGUUGUUUGGUUUUGAUUCCCUUGUCGACAUUCUUGGCCUCAGGAGGCCUUCUGAUGUCAAAUUGGGGACGAUGAUGGGUGUCUUUGUCCCAUGCUUGCAAAACAUUUUGGGAAUCAUUUACUAUAUCCGAUUCACUUGGAUUGUUGGUAUGGGUGGCAUCGGGCAAUCUCUUCUGCUGGUUCUUCUUUGUGGCACAUGUACUUUUCUAACUUCAAUAUCUUUGAGUGCGAUUGCGACUAAUGGUGCAAUGAAGGGUGGGGGUCCGUAUUAUCUUAUUGGUCGUGCCCUUGGCCCAGAGGUGGGAGUUAGUAUUGGAUUAUGUUUCUUCCUUGGUAAUGCAGUUGCUGGAGCUCUUUAUGUAUUGGGAGCUGUUGAAACCUUCUUAAAGGCUGUACCUGCUGCGGCAAUCUUUAAAGAAACUGUUACGAAAGUUAAUGGUACAGCAACUGCAGAACCCAUUCAAAGUCUGAGUUCACAUGACCUACAAGUUUACGGGAUAGUUGUGACUAUUAUACUUAUAUUUAUUGUGUUUGGUGGGGUGAAAAUGAUCAAUCGUGUUGCUCCUGCUUUCCUGGUACCUGUUCUGCUCUCCAUGUUCUGCAUAUUUAUUGGUAUAUUUUUGGCAAGGAAGGAUGACCCUGCAAGUGGAAUUACUGGUUUGAGUUUACAAAGCUUCAAAGACAACUGGAGUUCAGAUUAUCAGACUACCAAUGAUGCUGGAAUUCCUGAUCCUGAUGGAAAAGUAGACUGGAAUUUCAAUGCAUUGGUUGGUUUAUUUUUCCCUGCUGUCACGGGCAUCAUGGCAGGUUCAAAUCGAUCUGCCUCAUUGAAGGAUACUCAGCGCUCAAUUCCCGUAGGAACAUUGGCUGCAACUCUAAUGACAACUUCACUGUAUCUAGUUUCUGUCUUAUUUUUUGGAGCUCUAGCAACCAGAGAGAAGCUUUUGACAGACAGGCUACUUACUGCUACAGUUGCUUGGCCUUUCCCAGCAUUCAUUCAUAUAGGAAUUAUUCUCUCAACUUUAGGGGCAGCUCUUCAAAGCUUAACAGGUGCCCCACGCCUGCUUGCAGCCAUAGCCAAUGAUGACAUUCUUCCUAUUAUUAAUUACUUCAAGGUUGCAGAUGGGAGUGAACCUUACAUCGCUACGCUUUUUACAUCGUUCAUCUGUAUUGGAUGUGUUGUUAUUGGGAAUCUGGAUCUCAUCACACCUACUAUAACUAUGUUUUUUCUUUUAUGUUAUGCUGGUGUGAAUUUGUCUUGCUUUCUUCUGGAUCUUCUAGAUGCUCCCAGUUGGCGACCUCGGUGGAAAUUCCACCACUGGAGUCUCUCCCUUAUUGGAGCAUCACUUUGUAUGGUUAUCAUGUUCUUAAUCUCUUGGUCAUUUACCGUUGUGUCUCUGGCCCUUGCAAGCCUUAUAUAUAAAUAUGUGGGUCUUAAAGGCAAAGCAGGGGAUUGGGGUGAUGGUUUCAAGAGUGCGUAUUUUCAAUUAGCUCUCCGCAGUCUUAGAUCACUAGGAGCAAGCCAGGUGCAUCCAAAGAAUUGGUACCCCAUUCCCCUUGUAUUUUGUCGGCCAUGGGGAAAGCUACCAGAGAAUGUUCCAUGUCAUCCCAAACUCGCUGACUUCGCCAACUGCAUGAAAAAGAAAGGCCGUGGAAUGUCCAUCUUCUUUUCUAUAUUAGAUGGAGACUACCAUGAAUGUGCUGAAGAUGCGAAGAAUGCAUGCAAGCAGCUAGCUACCUACAUUGAGUACAAGCGUUGUGAAGGUGUGGCAGAGAUCGUCGUAGCACCUAAUAUGACUGAAGGCUUUCGCGGAAUUGUUCAAACUAUGGGCCUUGGCAAUCUCAAACCCAAUAUUGUGGUGAUGCGAUAUCCAGAGAUUUGGCGGCGUGAAAACCUAACUGAAAUUCCAGCCACUUUUGUUGGGAUAAUUAAUGACUGCAUUGUUGCAAACAAGGCAGUUGUUAUUGUCAAGGGCCUUGACGAAUGGCCCAACGAAUAUCAAAAGCAGUAUGGUACAAUUGAUCUGUAUUGGAUUGUAAGAGACGGUGGUCUGAUGUUGCUGCUCUCACAGCUCCUUCUUACUAAAGAGAGCUUCGAGAGCUGCAAGAUUCAGGUGUUUUGUAUAGCAGAAGAGGAUUCUGAUGCAGAGGGUCUGAAAGCUGAUGUGAAAAAGUUUUUGUAUGACCUCCGAAUGCAGGCUGAAGUGAUUGUACUCUCAAUGAAAUCAUGGGAUAUGCAAGCAGACGGCGGACAAGAUGAAUCUUUGGAGGCAUUUACUGCUGCGCAGCAGCGGAUUGCUGGUUACUUGGCAGAAAAGAAGGCAGCAGCUGAGAAGGCAGGUACUCCAUUGAUGGCUGAUGGAAAGCCGGUGGUUGUGAACGAGCAACAAAUAGAAAGGUUUCUUUACUCCACUCUAAAGCUGAACUCUACAAUACUAAAAUACUCGAGAAUGGCUGCUGUAGUACUUGUGAGCCUACCGCCGCCACCUAUAAGCCACCCCGCCUACUUGUACAUGGAGUAUAUGGAUAUGUUGGUAGAGAAUGUGCCAAGGCUUCUGAUUGUAAGAGGAUAUCGGAGAGAUGUUGUAACUCUAUUCACAUAGUAGCCGGUAGAUUGCACCGCGAGAGUACUACUUGCCGCUAUUUUAAAAAGAAAAUAUUGUUCAUAGUAUUCCUCCCCUUUUUUACCAAUUUUAUUUUGGCUUAGCGUAGUCCCCUGUUACAUUCAUUCUUUUCUUUUCUGCCAUUCACAUCUGUCGGCGGGAUUUUGUUGUUUUGUUAACUGCUAGAUGCUAGCUGUGAUAGAAAAUUUUAAUCAUAUUGGGAUGGAAUCAUAAAUCACGUUAUACAUUUUUCUGCUCUGAAGUUUGGUUUAUUUAAUCAUAUUGGUUUAUUUACACGUA